AUGGAUAAUGAGUCGGUUGUUCUCAAGAUGUUGCUCGUAGGAGAUGAGAAAUGCGGCAAGACUACUUUUCUCUCGAGGCUGAGUGCCGGCGAGGAUGUCAACCCCAUCCCGCUCCUCCGAGACAUAGACCAGCCUUUCAUAUUUGAGAUCAAGCUCUCCGGUCAAGACUACCGUCUAGAAUUUUACGACACUUCGAGUCCCGAGAAUUGGCGCUUGCUAAAUCCCGACGUCGUCACAUUGUGCUACGACAUAAGCCAACGCCUCAGCCUCAUCAAUUUGCAGCGAUAUUGGAUAGAUGAGGUGCGUAGAUCGUUUCGGAGCGAGGGCCGUGGCGACGUGCUGCCCAUCGUGGUCAUGGGUCUGAAGAGGGAUCUCCGGUCCGAGGAUGACCCCAAUGGCCUGAUCCUCCCGCAGGAAGCGUACCAGAUGUCCCAGACCAUCCGGGCAGAUCGGUACGUUGAGUGCUCUGCCGUGACAGGUGAGCUGCUCAAGCCGGCGUUUGAGGACUUGUGCAGAACAGCCGUCAAGACAACGACGGCAGCCGGCGGACAGAGUGAAGGAGGCUGCACUGUCAUCUGA